UGUAUUGCCCUGCGCACAGAUGAACAAUUGUUGUUGAGAUGUUGACUUGAAGAGCCAGCCUUAAUCGACACAAAAGUGUUAUUUAAAAACAUUGUCGUGGUGACGCAAAGGUUUAAAAUGAACAGUGAACCGGUAGGCUAUAGAGAGAUGCAUGGAUAGUGCGUGUGCGCCUGGUGGUUAUGCUACUAAUGACAGCGUGAUGCAUUUAUGCGAGGUUGCAGUCGCCGCCUCCGGACAGAGCUGUUGUCGAAGAAGAUGCUGAAUCAGCUGCGCGCUCGUGAGAUAGACUACCCCGGGUAGGCUAUGUCUGUUUUUCAAAUUUCACAAAUGUCUCCUUUGCUUCUGACAAUAGAAGACGAUACAUUGGCAUAGCGUUGGGAAUAGUUAAAAAAAAAAAAUUAAAAACAUUUUGCUGCUGGAAAUAAAUAGGCUGCCUGUCUAGAGAGAUGUUCAUCGCUCCAAAGGAGACAUCAAGUUUGACAACUGUAACCAUCUAGGCUACGAUGAAGCAGGGUGCACGAGGAGUUAGAGCAUUUGGUUUGGCUGGAGACUUUAUGUUACCGCUUAUAUCAAUGGCAUGACUAUUUCACCACGCACAAUGGAGGAUAAAUCCAACAAAAUCAUUUUGAUUCCGAUACUGGCCGUGGUCUUCUUGAUGAUAGGCUAUCAGUACAUUUGUCCAGCCGGCAGUAACUCUUGUCGCUUCCUAACCAGGGACAAGUUGAGUGGAAUGUUCCGCCAAUAUCACUCGGGGGACGACAUUUACGCGUACCAAGAAGGGCUGGAGUCGGAGGGUUCCUCAACAACUCUGUCCAAAUUCAAUUUUACUGACCGAGACCUUGAGCGACACGUGGAUUUCAACAUCAAAGGAGAUGACGUUAUAGUGUUCCUUCACAUCCAGAAGACCGGUGGGACUACUUUCGGACGGCACCUUGUCCGAAACAUUCACCUCGAACAGCCCUGUGAUUGUAUGCCAGGACAGAAGAAAUGUACCUGUCACCGCCCGGGCAAAGCGGAGUCCUGGCUUUUCUCCAGGUUCUCUACUGGCUGGAGUUGUGGUCUACAUGCGGACUGGACCGAGCUGACUAACUGCGUGCCUGUAGUGAUGAACAAGAAAGACAAGAAGGAUGCUCAGAGGGACCGACGGAACUUCUACUACAUCACCAUGCUAAGGGACCCUGUCUCCCGCUACCUGAGCGAGUGGAAGCACGUGCAGCGGGGCGCCACCUGGAAGACAGCCCUGCACAUGUGUGACGGCCGCUCUCCCACCCAGGACGAACUGCCCGCCUGCUACAGUGGCGACGACUGGACCGGGGUCACGCUGACCAACUUCAUGGACUGCCCUUCCAACCUGGCCAACAACCGGCAGGUCCGCAUGCUGGCCGACCUCAGCCUGGUGGGCUGCUACAACGUCUCCACCAUCGGCGCCGAACGGGAGCGCGGCCGUGUCCUACUAGCCAGUGCCAAGAACAACCUCCGCAACAUGGCCUUCUACGGCCUGACCGAGUUCCAGCGCAAGACGCAGUACCUGUUUGAGCGGACAUUCGGCCUGCGCUUCAUCCAGGCUUUCACGCAGAUCAACAGCACGCGGGCGGCCAGCGUGGGGGUGGGGGAGGGGGCUCUGCGGCGGCGCAUCGAGGGGCUCAACGCCCUGGACGUGGAGCUGUACGAGUACGCCAAGGAGCUGUUCCUCCGGAGGUAUCAGUACAGCCGCCAGACACAGCACCAGGAGCAGAGGUUGAGGAGGAGGCAGGAAAGGCAGGAGGAGAGGCAGCGGCUACACCAGCACACAGCCCCCAUCUCCAAAGCCAGGAGGGAGGAGGAGGAGAGGGAGAUAGAGGGGGUGGAAGGGGAGAAGGUGGGAGGUGUAGCCACCACAGAGGACUACAGCAGCCAGGUGGUGAGAUGUAGGUGAACAACUCUAGUGUCAAAUGGACAUUCUACAAGAUUUGAUCAGAAUCUCCAUGGGACUGUACGUAAACAAAAUAAGCGCCUCAGGAUUCUUGAAAAGAAUGUGGUUCGCUUAGGGUUGCAAAGGGAGGGUAUAUUACUGGAAACUUUCGAAGUUUACCAGUAAACUACCAGGAUUUCGGUAGCUUUCUUUUUAUAUUUUAUCAGAUGGCAUCUACUGGCCAUUUUGGGUACUUCAGAUUAUCACAGGUGUCAGUAAUUAUCUGUGGCCCUCUAUGUGGCCUUAUCACAUGUAAAAUGUAUAAAAUAAUCAAGUAAGAUGAUUCUAAAAUAAGAAAUUAAAUGUAAAACCUGUAAAAUAUUAUCCUAAUAUAAAUCAUCAAUCAAAACCAUUGGUGUUUAAUAUGAGGGUUUCAGCAUUAAACACCUUUGUAUUUUUUUCA